AGGUGGCAGGAUGAGUUCUCUAGGUAAGGCGAGUAGCAGGUUUCCUCUGCACGUCUUGGUCUGGAAUAAUGACUACAGGCAGCUGGAUAAAGAGCUGGACGGAAAGGAUGUAGAUCAGCGUGAUCCACGGGGUCGGACAUUGCUGCACCUUGCUGUUUCCUUGGGCUAUAUUGAAUCUGUCAAAGUCCUCCUUCGACACAAAGCAGAUGUUACCAAAGAGAAUGCACAGGGUUGGACAGUUUUACAUGAGGCUGUAAGCACAGGAGACCCAGAAAUGGCACACCUGAUUUUACAGCAUCGGGACUACCACCAAACAUCUGCAACACUUGGAGGAGUUCCUGAGUUACUCCAAAAAAUUAAUGAGACUUCUGAUUUUUAUGUGGAAAUGAAAUGGGAAUUCACUAGCUGGGUUCCACUAGUUUCCAGAGUAUGUCCAAAUGAUACCUGUCGGAUCUGGAAAAGUGGUGCUAAAUUACGUGUUGAUAUCACGUUAUUGGGCUUUGAAAAUAUGAGCUGGGAACGAGGGAGACGUAGCUUAAUUUUCAAGGGAGAAGGUAAAUUCCAUAAGAUAUAUCUCUUUAACAGAUACUGGAGGCUGGGCAGAACUGUUGUCACGACAGAGCGUUUUGAAAUCUCUCAACAAAUGAAGUGUUUGACCUUGAGCUCUAUGACGCCAGAAAGAAAGGAAGUGGAAAGACGCCUUACAUCUCCAAUUAUUAAUACGUGCCUUGAUACUAAAAGCAUUGCUUUUGAAAGAAAUACGUCUGGAUUUUGGGUCUGGAGGACUGAGAAAGCAGAAGGUGUUAAUGGUUAUGUAGCAAAGGUGUAUACAGCAAACAAUGUGAAUGUAGUCACAAAAAUCCGAACAGAACAUUUGACAGAAGAAGAGAAAAAAAGAUAUAAAGCUGACAGGAGUCCACUGGAAUCUUUUCUGGGUACUGUAGAGCAUGAGUAUGGGGCACAGGAUCUCACAACAGAAUUUUCCACAAUGAAUAACCCAACAGCCAUUACUCUGGAAGAAUAUUUUGACCCAAAGUUUGAUCUGAAAGAUAGGGACAUAGGAAGACCUAAAGAAGUCACUAUUAGAACACAGAAGUUUAAAGCAACCUUGUGGAUGUGUGAAGAAUUCCCCCUCUCUCUCGUGGAGCAAGUCACCCCAAUCAUUGAUCUGAUGGCCAGAGCUAGUGCUCAUUUUGCUAGACUUAAAGAUUUCAUCACUUUGGAAUUUCCACCUGGAUUUCCUGUCAAAAUUGAAAUUCCCUUGUUUCAUGUGCUUAAUGCUCGAAUUACAUUUGAAAAUGUUAAUGGCUGCAGGACAGCUGAGGAAAGGUCAUCACAAACUGAUGAAGGUGCACAGUCCUCUAACUUUGAGGUCGACCAGUCUGUGUUUGAGAUCCCCAAAUCUUACCACACUCAGGAUGAUGGUAGGAACUUGCGUGUGCAGGAUGAAGAUAAUGAAAUAAUGCAGUUUGCUAUUCAGCAGAGUUUGUUGGAAUCCAGUGGAAAUAAAGAAGCCUUAGGAAUGCACUCCAAUGGAGCGGUUGCUUAUGCACAGGACUUUAAUAUACAGUAUCAAAGGGCACUUCAGGAGAGCUAUAUCAUUACUAGUUCAAGUAAUCCACACAUAAGCAUCCCAAGUGAAUCUUCCAGUUUUGAUAAAGACUUGCAGCUUGCCAUGGAAUUGUCUGUCAGAGAGCAACAGGAGCAGGAGAAACGGCACCGUGAAGAGGAAGAAGAAGAACUUAAGCAAGCUUUGCAGCGCUCUCUCACAGAAAAAUAGUCUUCCAUGGAGCCUCUGAAACAGAGAUGCCUCAGUAUGCGUGUUAUUGAGGGCUGCAGUAGCUAGGGCCCCGAGGACCACUCUUGGGCUGCAUAAGUAAAGGACAUUCUAGCCCCCAAAAGGUCACAUUUAACAUAGAGAUGUGGUCCAGAAAUGCUACAGCUUUCUACAUGCAGUCUCCAUCUUGGUCUCAGUGGCCUGACGUAUUGUGUGUGGACACCUGCAGUUUCUGUGGGCUGCAGCCUCCAUGAUUAAAGGUGAGGGCAGCUGUAGAAUUCCAGGAUCUGAAUUUGGCUCCCAGGCCAUGUCCUGUUCAAAAAUUUCAUGAAGGGAAAAGAGAAAAAUAUCAGAGAACAACUGGAAAUCUUGCCUGUGCUAUAUAUGUAGGAGUUCAGCAGUGUUUGAGAAACUGGUACGUAAGGAGUUCAGAAGAGAAACUUCCUUAAUACCUACCAAAGAAAUAUUACUCUGUUCAGUCUUGUCUAGUAAUUGAAUGCCAGUCACUGUUUCUUCCCUAAAUGGGGAGGAGAAUUUGUGAAUUAGUCUUUUUGCUGCAACAAGUGUUUUUCCAUUAGGUCUGAGUGCACAUGGCUAAGGAAAUUUUCUCUUUUCAGAUACUGAGUAUUUAAAAUGCAGCAUGCUUAUCAACAUAGCUGAUUUUUAAACUUGAAGAAUUAAUUCUGACUAAAGGUGCUUUCAAGAUUUAAACUUAUGCUCUCUGGCCAAAGGCAAAAGAGAUAGCUAAUAGAAGUUUUUUAUCUUGAAAAGGGAUGACCUGUUAAUUCAAAUACAUAUCUCUCUGUAGUGAUUCAAGGCCAUCUAAUUCACACAAUCAGAGUGCAGCAAGAAAAUACAUAGCAGAAGUAGGUGGUUUUUUAAAAGAUCCAUUUACUUUUUUGUGAAAGAAAUUUGCACUUUGAUUUGAUUUCUCAUGCAGAGAAAUUAAGUGAAAUUUUCAUUUAUGCCUAAAGUAAGUUCUGCCAUCUCAAAGGGAAAUACCAAGAUUGUUUUUAAGUCAAAUGUAACUCUUUCCUGUGAAUACAUAUUUUUUUAUCUAAAUCUCUUUAUUGAUUUAAGACAAACUAAUACAAUAGAAUUACUUUUAGGGAAUCUUUUAGUAUCACAAGCAAUACAUAAGUGUACUUUAACCGAGUUUUCUCAGGUCUUUUCAUAUUAUAUAUUUUUAGUUCUUUUGUCUGCACUUCUAUAAAUGUAUACAACAUACAUGCUGUGAUUGUCAAAUGCAUUCCUCCAGGACAUACUAUGCAUCCACGGGAAAGCCUUAUUGCAGUAAUACAUAUUACUGAGCAAUAUUUCUUACUUUAUAGCUGGCAGAAGUGCAAAGACACCUAUGGUACAUGUGGUCCUAUCCUGCAUUUAUUACUCAGGCAAAACACAGGGCUGCCUCUGGCCCUAUGUAACAUACUAUUAACCAGUAUAACUUGCAAUAAAAUGGACAAAGUUGUAAUCAGUAACGGUAAUUUAGACUCAAUUUUAUACCGUAUAAUCAUCCAUUUGUUUAUGUAGCAAUCAGAUUAAACAUUUUCUUGUAUGCACAUUUGUACCAGUAUGAUCUGUGCCAUGUUUGUUUCAGAUGAUGCAACAUGUAUUUCAUAAAACUGUCACUUCACUCCUGAAUAGUUUAUUUGGGAUUAGCUGCAACGCUGUCACUUGCUACCCAUAAGCAGCUCUACAAUUAUUGCUCCUCUUUUUGAAGAGAGACUUGCAGUAAUUGUCACACUUACCUGAAAGAGACUAUCGCCUUUCGUGCGGUUUUUAACAAGGUGUGAAGUAACAGAACAUUCAGGUUUUUUCCUCAAGUGAAAAUAAAGAGCAUUGUUCCCUUUUAA